AUGCCGCUUCUUCUCUCGUUCUACUACCUUGUGCAGGAUCUGCCACCGGUGGAGAGUCGCGAGUACGUGUCCUGGCACACUCUGCCGCAAUUCUUCUCGAUCACCAUCUUCGCGAUGGAGGCCAUCGGUGUGGUUAUGCCGCUGGAGAACAACAUGAAGACGCCGCAGAGCUUCCUCGGAAUUUGUGGAGUGCUCACCCAGGGUAUGUCCGGUGUGACCCUUAUCUACAGGCCGCUGGGGUUCCUUGGCUAUCUGCGCUAUGGUGCUGGAACCGAGGAGAGUAUCACCCUGAAUCUGCCCAUCGCCGAGUGGCCCGCCCAGGCUUUUAAGGUGCUCAUUUCCCUGGCCGAGUAUUGCACAUUUGGACUGCAAUUUUUUGUGUGCCUGGAGAUCGUGUGGGAAGGCAUCAAGGAGAAGUGCAAGAAGCGUCCGACUUCGGCCAAUUAUGUGCUGCGUACAGUGAUGGUGACUGCUGCCGUUGUUCUGGCCGUGGCUGUUCCUAAAAUUGGCCCAUUCAUGGGUCUCAUCGGUGCCAUCUGCUUCUCCAUCCUGCGAUUGAUCUUCCCUGUGGUUAUUGAGCUCAUUGUCCAUUGGGAGACUGGUUUCGGUCAGUACAACUGAAUACUGUGAAAGAACGCCGUCAUCACCUUGUGCGGCUUUGCAGCCCUGACCUUUGGCACCCAGGCAGCCAUCAAGGAUAUUCUGAAAGCCUACUCUAGUACUGGGAACGUUGGAGAAUAGAAGCCCACCAUUUAGGAGGAGAGGCUCCGCUUCCUAGAAAUUAUCUAACUAUUGUUAGAUGUAAAACUGCGCCCACAUUUUGUACAUUUUGUCUGUUGCUUAGUGUGUCUGUUUGAGAACCGAAAGGGAUUUACUAGGGAUUUCACUAGGCGAGUGCCUACUAUAUUAAGCACACUCUGGAGCACCACUAUGCCGCUUUAGCACGUUUUAGUACAC